AAAGAACUGAAAUUACGGUGCAUUUGCCACCGGUAUCAUAUGUUCCAGAUAUUUUCUUCCUUUCUCUUCUGAAAUAUUUUAUCAUUAGUUGUAAAGUCCAGCUGCUUUAACAUAAUUGAGUAAUUAUUAAUAAUAAUUAGAGAUAAAAAAGAAGAGGAAAAAUAAGAAGAAUAGAUCAAUAUGACUACAAUGAUGACUGCCAAACAAAUUCGGCAAGCUUAUAUAGAUUUUUUUAAAAAUAAAGGCCAUGAAUAUGUACAUUCUAGUUCUACAAUACCACAUGAUGAUCCAACUUUAUUAUUUACAAAUGCUGGAAUGAAUCAAUUUAAACCAAUAUUUUUAGGAAUAGUGGAUCCUAAUAGUGAUAUGGCAAAAUUAGUGAGAGUUGUUAAUAGUCAAAAAUGUAUUAGAGCUGGAGGAAAACAUAAUGAUCUAGAUGAUGUUGGAAAAGAUGUUUAUCAUCAUACUUUUUUUGAAAUGAUGGGCAAUUGGUCUUUUGGAGAUUAUUUUAAAAAAGAGAUUUGUACCUGGGCUUGGGAAUUUUUAACUGUUAAAUUAAAAUUAUCAUCAGAUCGAUUAUAUGUAACUUAUUUUGGAGGAGAUGAAAAAAAUAAUUUAAAACCUGAUGAAGAAUGCAAACAAAUUUGGCUUUCUUUAGGUUUAUCUCCUACACAUAUAUUACCAGGAAAUAUGAAAGAUAAUUUUUGGGAAAUGGGUGAAACAGGUCCAUGUGGACCUUCUAGUGAAAUCCAUUAUGAUCGCAUUGGUAAUAGAGAAGCAGCUCAUUUAGUAAAUCAGGAUAAUCCAGAUGUUUUAGAAAUUUGGAAUCUUGUAUUUAUACAAUUUAAUAGAGAAAAUGAUGGAAAUUUGAAAUUAUUACCAAAGAAACACAUUGAUUGUGGUCUAGGUUUAGAAAGAUUAGUAUCAAUUAUACAGAAUAAAUCUGCAAAUUAUGAUACUGAUUUAUUUAUGCCACUUUUUGAUGCAAUACAAAAAGGAACAAAAGCACCAUCUUAUCAAGGGAAGGUUGGUAAGGAAGACAAAAAUGGCAUAGAUAUGGCAUAUAGAGUUUUGGCUGAUCAUGCAAGAACUAUUACAAUUGCUCUUGCAGAUGGGGGUAUACCUGACAAUACUGGUAGAGGAUAUGUAUUAAGAAGGAUUUUGAGGCGUGCUGUACGUUAUGCAAUUGAAAAAUUAAAUGCUAAACCUGGAUUUUUUGGAUCAUUGGUGAAUGUUGUGGUAGAUCUUCUUGGUGAUGUUUUCCCAGAAGUAACAAAAGAUCCACAACAUAUAAUUGAUAUUAUUAAUGAAGAAGAAACUCAAUUUCUUAAAACUUUAUCACGCGGUCGUAAUUUAUUAAAUCGUACCAUAGUAAAAUUAGAAUCAUCAAAUAUUCUUCCGGGUGACGUUGCAUGGCGUUUGUAUGAUACAUAUGGUUUUCCUUUUGAUUUAACACAACUUAUGGUUGAAGAGAAGGGCUUAAAAGUAGAUAUAAUUGGCUAUGAAGAAGCAAAAAAACAAGCACAGCUUAUUUCUCAAAAUAAAAGUGGUGAAGUAGAUGAUCAAAUUAAUUUGGAUGUUCAUGCAAUUACUGAAUUACAAAAUAAAAAAAUUAAACCUACAAAUGAUAUACCAAAAUAUAAUUACAAAGUUAUAAAUAAUAAAAUAUAUGAAGAGUACGAAUUUGCUCCAUGUUUUAGUACUGUAAUUGCUCUUAGACGUGCUAAAACUUUUGUCGAUGAAGUAUCAUCAGGAGAAGAAGUUGGAAUUUUGUUAGAUCAAACUAAUUUCUAUGCAGAACAAGGUGGACAAAUAUAUGAUGAAGGAUUUUUAACGAAAAUCGAUGAUGAAGAUACUGAAAUUCAUGUAAAAAAUGUUCAAGUCAGAGGUGGUUAUGUUCUACAUAUUGGAAUUGUCAUUCAAGGAAAAUUGAAAAAAAAUGAUAAAGUAUUUUCUAACAUAGAUAUUACACGAAGAAGACUUUUGAUGAGCAAUCAUACUGCAACUCAUGUUCUUAAUUAUGCUCUUCGUGAAAUAUUAGGUACAGAAGUGGAUCAAAAAGGUUCUUUAGUUGCACCUGAUCGCUUACGUUUUGAUUUCACAAAUAAAGGAGCGAUGAUUACAGAACAAAUAAGAAAGGUAGAAGAAAUAACGAAUAAUAUAAUAAAUGAAAAUAAAAUAGUUUAUGCUAAAGAAUGUAAUUUAGGACUAGCAAAAACGAUUCAAGGUUUACGUGCUAUGUUUGAAGAAACUUAUCCUGAUCCUGUAAGAGUUGUUAGUAUAGGUAUACCAGUUGAAGAUUUAGAAAAAAAUCCUUUAAGUUCUGACGCAUUAAAAACUAGUGUAGAAUUUUGCGGUGGAACACAUUUACAUUAUACAGGACAUAUUAGAAAUUUUAUUAUAGUUAGUGAAGAAGCUAUUGCUAAAGGUAUUAGACGUAUAGUAGCUUUAACUGGUCCUGAAGCAAUGAAAGCUCAAAAAAAGACAUCAAUAUUACAAAAUUAUUUAGAUGAACUUCAAAUAUCUAUUGAAGCUGAUAAAAAUGGUAUAAAUACAAAAGAACAUAUAAAAAAAAUAGUUGAAUUAACAGAUGAUGUUUCACAUGCUAUUAUUUCAAGUUGGAAGAAGGAUAAAAUACGUAAAAUAUUAAAAGAUUUAAAAAAGUUACUUGACGAUAAAGAGCGUGCAAUCAAAACUGCGAUAGCCAAUGUAGUUUUAGACAAUAUUCAACAAAUAAUUCAACAAAAUAUUGGAUGUUUAGUAUUAGUCGAAGUAUUACAAGCAUAUAGUAAUACAAAAGCUUUAGAUUCUGCUCUUAAAAAGAUAAGAACUAUAUCACCAGAGACAAGUGCAUUACUCAUAAGUAUCGAUCCUGAUGCGAAAAAGAUUUUUGCACUUAGUUCAGUUUCUAAGUCUGCUAUAAAUAAAGGAUUAAAAGCAAAUGAAUGGAUUCAAGAAAUUGUUCCACUUAUGGAAGGAAAAGGAGGUGGAAAAUCUGAAUCUGCUCAGGCUUCGGGUACUAAUAUAUCAUGUGUAACAAGAUUAAUAUAUACAGCUAAAAAUUUUGCUAAUUCAAAGCUUGAACUAGCAGAAAAUAUAAGUGAAAAUCAUGAUCAAUUGAAAGGUGAUGAGAAAUUUAUAUAUUUUAAAACUCUAAAAGAUAAAUUAGUACUUUCUGGUGAUAUUGGAAGUAUUAAAUAUUAUCGUAUCCAAAUAGUUGCUAAAUAUAACAAUAUAGAAUUGAUUACACAUAAAAAUAAUAUAUUCAAAGGUAUUAAAUUACAAGGAAAUGAUUUUGAAUUGUUUGAUAGUAAUGCAAUUGCUUUUUAUUUAUCAACUGAUCAAUUCAAAUGUUCAAACAAUCCUUUUACAUUUAGUGAAGUUUUACAAUGGUUAAGUUAUGCAGAUAAUCACAUUUUACCAGCAGUACUUGGAUGGGUUGUGCCAUGUCUUUCAAAAAAUAUUCCAAACAAUAUCAAAACAAAUAUUAAGAUAUCUAAAGAAGAUGUUCUUUCUUCUUUACAGAAAUUAAAUAAUAUAUUAUUAACAAAAACUUAUUUAGUUGGAGAAAGAAUUAGUCUUGCAGAUAUUAGUGUUUUUACUACUUUAAUGCCAUUAUAUGAAUAUGUUUUAGAUUCAGAAUAUAGAAAACAAUAUACGAAUUUAAAUAGAUGGUUUUUUACUAUCUUAAAUCAAUCUCAAGUAAUUAGUGUGAUAAAAAAAUUUAACAUAUGUGAAAAAGUUAAAAUAGUUAAAUAUUAA